CCAGCCCAUAAUAUUCCGUAAGCAGUCGCCUGUAAUCAACCUGUUUUCCCUGCCCUGGUGUCGCAGGAAAAAUCUUCCCACACUUCAAUUUCUGAAAUGAAAUUCCCGCUCACCUGGAAAACAAUCUUCUCCGAAAUCCAGCCGCUUCAAACUGAGUUCGAGGUGAUGGAGUGAAUUUGAUUCUUCUACAUGGAGGGAUGCCAUUGCUUGUUCAGGAAUGGAUGUCUGAAAUCUGUUCUGAUGGCAUUCUUUCAUAGACAUGAGGAAAUCUUUAUUCUUAUCCCCAAACUAUAAUCCUCGAGUCUUUUUUUUCAAUGAACAAUUGUGUUCAGCCAUUAGCCAUCUCUCUAUCUUCUGCUAUUCAAGUGAUUGUAAGGUUCAUAGGAUCGAUCCUCGACCCUUCCCUGAUUAUUCUCCUAAGAAACCAUCCAUAAGAGAUGCCAAACUUGUGCAUCAAGUGUCUAAUACUGUAAAGCAACGUCGUUGUGAGACCCUUAACAGUACUUUAAAUCCAUUCGAACGGAAUUUCAGGUCUGAUCAUUUCAUCUGGGUUCUCAUGAACUUAAAAAAUGACUACAAACUAGUUCUGGAUUUGUAUAACUGGUGGUCCCUAAGGAGCAAGCCAUCACUUGAGGCCCGUUGUGUUGUUGCUCACAUCGCCACAUCAGCUAAAGACACAGAAACAUCUCGAGGACUCAUACGUGGUUUUUGGGUUAAACCAAGUCUCGACAUCAAUCUUUCGUUCGUUAAUUUCUUUGACAUGCUAGUAUACACAUACAAGGAUUGGGGCUCUAAUCCUUAUGUAUUUGACAUUUUCUUCCAAGCUCUUAUUGAAGUUAGCUUGUUAGUUUAUGCUAGGGAGCUUUUUGACAAGUUAUUGAAUUACGGCAUAGUUUUAUCCGUUUCUUCAUGUAACCUAUAUCUUUCACGCCUAUCAAAGAGUAUUGGUGGGCAUGAAAUGGCAUUGAAGGUUUUUGGUGAAUUUGCUACUUUGGGUAUUUCAUGGGAUACUGAAUCUUAUAACAUAAUAGUCCAUUCUCUUUGCCAAAUAGGAAGAGUGAAAGAAGCUCACAACCUACUCCUUCAAAUGGAAAAUCGGGGAUGCAUUCCUGAUGUUAUAAGUUACAGUACUGUGAUUAAUGGGUAUUGUACUGAUAUGGAGCAUCUGGUGCAAGUGUUGAAUAUCAUAGUCGAAAUGCGAAGAAAGGGUCUUAAACCAAACAAACACAUUUUUAACAGUGUAGUUCUUCUUUUGUGUAAGAAUGGUAAAGCAUCAUCCGGAGAGGAGGUCCUUAGGGAUAUGAUAUCACAGGGAAUUACUCCCGAUAAUGUUCUUUAUACAACUCUUGUUGACGGGUUUUGCAAAUCUGGGGAUGUGUCUUCUGCAUACAGAUUGUUUAAUGAAAUGCAGUCUUGGAACACAUUUCCUGAUUCCGUUGCUUAUACUGCCCUUAUCUGUGGUUUAUGUCAUUCUGGAAAGGUUAAAGAAGCAUAUAAACUUCUAAAUGAUAUGAUUCGUUGUGGUUUGAGACCAGAUGUGUUUACUUACACUACACUUAUAGAUGGUCACUGCAAAGCUGGUGAGAUUCAGGUCGCCUUUUCUCUCCACAACCAAAUGGUUCGUGUGGGAUUGGUCCCGAACAUUGUCACUUAUACCGCAUUGGCUGAUGGGCUUUGUAAACAUGGGGAACUUGACAUGGCCACUGAACUUCUUCAGGAUAUGUGUGAAAAGGGACUUGAGUUGAAUAUUUACACUUACAAUUCACUUAUUAAUGGUUUUUGCAAAGCUGGAAAUAUUUCCCAAGCAGUAAAGGUGAUGAAAGAAAUGGAAGCGUUUGGCAUACUACCUGACUGUUUUACCUACACUACACUAAUGGAUGCUUAUUGUAAAUCUGGAGAGAUGGAAAAGGCACACGAUCUUCUGAAUAAUAUGCUAUCCAAAGCAAUUCAGCCCACUAUAGUUACCUUCAAUGUUUUGAUCAACGGGUUCUGCUCCUCAGGGAUGCUUGAAGAGGGCAGGGAGAUUCUGGGUUGGAUGGUGGAUAAAGGUAUACUUCCAAAUGCUACCACUUACAAUUCUCUGAUGAAGCAAUACUGUAUUAGGAAUAACAUUCAUGUCGCAUCUGAGAUAUGCAAAGGGAUGAUCAGAAAAGGUGUUAAGCCGGAUGGUAAUUCAUAUAACAUAUUGAUAAGAGGACAUUGCAAAGCUAGGAAUAUGAAGGAAGCUUGGUUUUUACAUAAAGAAAUGGUUGGGAAGGGAUAUAAACCAACGGUUGAUACAUAUCAUGCACUCAUUAAGGGUUUCUUGAAGAGGAAAAAGUUUUCUGAAGCAAAGUUUUUUUUUGAAGAGAUGAGGAAAGAAGGGUUGGCUGUGGAUAAGGAAUUAUACUGUUUAUUUGCAGAUAUGACAUUUGAGGAAGGAGAGAUCGAUAGGGUUCUUGAGCUAUGUGAUGAAGCAAUAGAGAUGUGUCUCGUAAAUGAAACAAAACACUGUAUUAAGUAAUUUACUUGUGAUUAAUCCUUCCUGAAGAAGUAUAUUGGAUCUUAUCUGCUCGUGUGGAGUUGUGUGAUUCUUCAAAUUGGCUGCCAUGCUUUUAUCAUUGGUGAGAUACGGAAUUCUCGCAUGCUAGCAGAGAAGGCCAGAACUUAAAUGCUUCGAAGGAACCUGGGUAGUGGGUAACGUCUAGGGUUGAACCUGGUGGCAAACAUACUCAAGAAUUUGAGAGCGCUUGUGGCUUGAACAGGACGACCCACUUCCGUUUCAAGAAAAAAAACAUCAGGCUAAAGAUUUUCAAAAGGAUGCACCCCAUCACAAGGGCCCCAGAAUCGGUCAGCCGGGCAGUUUGCUUGCAGUGUAGGGCUGAAGAUAUUCACAAUUGAAGAGGCCCGAAAUAUGUCUUGCACGUAUUACAAAUUUCCUCAAAGAUCACGUUUCCUAGGAUGUGGAGUAGGCUCAACAAUGAUGGUGGAGUCUUCUCUUUUUACAAAAGUAGAAGAAAAAUUGAGAUGUGCUUUAUAUAAAUUAUUAUUAUAGAAGCUGACAAUAGAAUUAUGGCGCUGCAUUGGAUCAAAUGCGCACGUAUAGCGGUAUAGAUUAGAAAAUUAUUUUCAUAUGUUUCUUGUAGUUUUGGCCUUUGGGUGAGUUUUACAGGUUGCGUGUUUUCUGUAGAGCAAAAAAAAUGAAUUUUCAAAGGGCCUGUACAAUUGAGCUAUUUACUCGUAUUGGAAAUAUUCAUGCUACAUUAGCAAAAUUUGACAACAUAUUUU